GUCUGCUAUUUUGACAGGUGCGCAAGGUGAUAAUAAGGGUUUGUCAGUCGCUCAAUGUUGAAAUGGCAAUUUAAUCAAUUCUGUUACCGUUAUGUGAACAAAAAGUUGUGAGUCAUGAGUUAAACUCAAUAUUAUUAAAAUUCGUGAAAGAUAAAAUAUUUGUUGUGUUACAUUUUAUAAAGUGCAUUUAACGGAGCAUGGAAGCGGAGGUGCGAGUGUUUAUUCAAGUUUUUCGAGUUGAUCACAAAUUAAAAAUUUGUUACGGAUCUUUCUCAUGACGUAAAUAAUUUGAUCAAGCAUUGCCAAAAAAUUAAUACCACAGUGAAAUUUCGUAAUUCUUUAUGUACAAAUUUAGAAAGAUCACAGAAAAUUACUAUUGGCACGUUUGUUUGUUUUUUUUUAUUAAUUUAGUCUUGAGACCAGUAUUCGCCUUAUUUCAGGGUGACUUUAUAUAUAUACAUUUGAUAUUAAAAUAAGCAUUAAUGGACAAUUUUAAUAAGUUUGUAUUAUAUAUCAAUUUUUCUUUGCUUCUAUAAUAAAAAUAUAUAGAAGACAAAUGUGAUGUCAAAUACUAAGUAAGUAAAUAAAGAAUACUUCCAUAAAAUGGAUAAUUUCUAUAAAUGUUUUAUCCAGCAAUUUAUAAUUGCUCGAAAUAUUCUAGUCUAAAAAUGUUCUCAAUACAUUCACAGAUACUUAAAAGUAUACAAUGUGAUAAUAUUACCAAAAAAAAAAAAAAAUUAAGUCACAAGUAAUCAAAAAUAAUUGUAUUUAAGAAUAAAGAAAAGAAAAAAGGGAAAUUUGCAAUAAUCUAGUCAUAUCAAUGAAGAUUAAAAUUUGAGAAGAAAACUGCAAUAUAUCAAUUCAAUUAUUAUAAUAGUUUUGCGACAAUGGAUAAUUGUAAUGAAAAUGGCACAAUGGGGGAUAAUUCUUUGAAAUCAAAGCAAAAGAAAAAAUCUCUUUGUCAAAUUUUAAUGAAUAAAAAAACAAAAGUUGGAUGUUUAGAAGCAUCAAAAGACGGUGAACAACAGAGAAGUUCAAAAAUGGAAAAUUCACAUCACAGCUCAAAUACAAGUACAAAAUUGUCACUUUGUUGUGCCAUGACAGAACGAAGUAGAACACCACCACAAAGUUUGACAGUUAGUCGUCUAUCACCAACAUUGAGUAGAACUUCAAUGAAAUCUGAAGAAAUUAUUUCAGUUCAUGAGGAAAAUAAUCAGACUGAAGCGUUAAUUGAAAAUGGAGCAUCAUCAAAGGCAAUUUCCACUCCAGUUAAUCCAGAAUGUUUCACAAGAAGAAAUAAAACUAUUUUGAAUAAAGAUCGACAUAGCGCUUGUAUAGAAGAAAAUUCAUCAUCUGGUUCGACAUCUCCGAAUAUUCCAGCACAUCUCAGAAAGAAGAUUUUGCAUCGAAGAUCAGUGGAUAAUUUGGUUGUCAAAUCGCCUACAAAUUCGGCUCGUUAUUCGAGUCCAGAAUCAAUAAAAAGUGCUCCACUUCAUCAAAAACCAAGAUCCACAUCGCAUGAUACAUUGACGGGCUCAAAAGCUCGUCGUUUAAUUCAAUCUGAUGGAGCAUCCAUGGAUAGUCUCGCUAAACAAGCUCUACUUGCUGCUCAGGUUUUGAUUCCAAUGCAUAAAGCCCGAGAAAGAAAUUAUUUGCAUGGGAGAAUUGCGGCAAAUUCACUUUUGGGACCAGUUGAAUUGGAGAAAGUAUUGCCAAAUAGAGAGAUUAAAAUUUUCAUUGGCACAUGGAAUAUGAAUGGUCAAACACCGCCAAAGGAAUUAAAUGAUUUUAUGUUACCACCUGAUAUUGAAACAGUUCCUGAUAUGCUUGUAAUUGGAACGCAAGAAUCAUGUUCAGAGCGAACAGAAUGGGAGGCAUCGUUACAAGAAACAUUGGGACCAUCGCAUGUAUUAUUGUCGAGUGCAGGUCUUGGUACAUUACAUUUGGCACUAUUCAUUCGUAGGGAUCUCAUUUGGUUUUGUUCAAUUCCUGAGGAGGAUAGUUUUUCAACACGAACUGGAAGUGCAUUUCGCACUAAAGGUGCCGUUGCAUUGGCAUUAAUAAUUUUUGGCACAAGUUUUCUUUUUGUCACAUCACAUUUAACAGCACAUCAGGAUAAAGUUAAAGAAAGAGUCAAUGAUAUUAAACGCAUUGUACGAAAUCUUGAUCUACCAAAAGAUUUACCUACACGACAUAAAAGUAAAGAUGUAACGCAGAAUUUCGAUUGUGUUUUUUGGUGUGGCGAUUUGAAUUUUCGUCUUGCACAACCGAGAGAGGAGGUGUUACAAUGGAUAUCGGAUACAAGAUUUCCACGUGAGAAUCCAGUGAAUUUACAUAAGGACCAAUUGCGAAAUACAUUACACGAGGGAUCGGUGUUUCGUGGAUUUGAAGAAGCGCCAAUAACAUUCCCUCCAACAUAUAAAUAUGAUCCAGGAACACAAAAUUUUGAUUCGAGCAGUAAACAAAGAACACCCGCUUACACUGAUCGAAUUCUUUUCAAAGGAAAAGCGCACACACGAGGUUAUAUUAGAAGACUGAGUCAUGAAAGUACAGCAGCACAAAAAGAUGGCACUAUCGAGUGUUUGAUUUAUGAUUCUGUACCGAGUAUAUGUACCUCGGAUCAUAAACCCGUUUGGGGGGUUUUUAAAACUACAAUUCGUCCUGGAAUUGAUACAAUCCCAUUAGCGGCUGGACUUUUCAAUCGGGAUAUUUAUUUGGAAGGUAUAAGAAGACGUGCGGCUGCUUGGGACGAUCCACGAGGAACAUCCAAGGUUUGCUCCAUUCAGUGAUGAGAGAAAAAAAGAAAAACAUUCCUGGAAUUGUCAAGUAUAUUUUUUACAUUUUAUUUAAUAAUUUGCUAAUAUUAAUAGGAGUGUAAUAAUUUAGCUAAAAAACCAUCAUAAUUUAUUUGACGAUAAAUAAUCGUAAAUAAUGAAAAUAGAAGCUUUAUAUAGCGUGAGGAAAAUGCAAUUUUUAAAAAAAAAUUGACAAGGCCUUUAUUAGAUCUUUACUGCCAAUUUUUGAAAUAUUUUUAACAAAAUUUGUUUUUAUUAAAAUUAACUAAAAAAAGGACGGUCAAUUUUGAAAUUUAAAAAUUCAAUAAUUAAUAAAUAAUUAAUAUUUAAUUUAAAUUUAACAAUUUAACAAUUUUUUUAUCUUAAAAAAAAUAGAAACAAUAAUUAUUUUGCACUCGCACGUAAUUUAAUUAACACACUUAAUUUUAAAUAACAAAAUUUUCACACAUUUUUGGAGUAUACAAUAUUUUUAGUCUUCAAAAAUGAUGAGCAGAACUUUUGUUUUCUAAUAUUUGCAGUGCUAUUUUAUUUUGAUAAACACAAAUACGUUUUUAUAGAAAAUAAAUUUUAUCAAUGGCGCCAAAAAAAAUUACGUGAAAAAUUCACGUAGAAUAAUGAUCUUAAAUAAUAAACAUGAGGUUCUAAAUUAAGAAAAAAAAACUUGGCUCUAAAACGAUAAAAGGCCUCAAAUUCUCUAUAUUAAUUUGUUUUCAAAAUUUUCAUAAAAUGAUUUAAAAAAAAAAAUUGUGGAGUAUAAAAAAAACUGAACGUAAUUUUCCCGUUGAAUAUAUAAAAAAAAAAAAGAUUCACGAGAUGUGUUCAACAUACAGCACAAUUUUGUAAUAUUAUUUUUUCUAUUUACUUUUGUACUUGCUAAACAGCAAAUAAUUCUAAUCUAAUGCAUAAAUCUAGUCAAAGAAGGAAUAUUUAACACAACUGUGAUGCACCAAGAGUUUUUUUUCUAUUAAGUUUGUUACUUUAAAAAAAAACAGAUUACAAAUGUAGCCUGUUUAUGUAGUUUUAGAAAAAAAAAUGCACAAUAUGGUAUUACAAAGAAUCUGAAUAUGACAAGAUAGUACAAUUAAAAAACAGUAUUGAUGUAUUAAUUAGAAACGCGAGGCAAGCGCGUAAAGAAGAAAAAUGAAAAGUCGAGAGAGAAAAGAUUUAAAUGGAAACUUUAUUAAAAUAUUUAGAAGAAAACUUGAAAAAUAGAAAACACUUAUAGAAUCAAAUAUUCAGAAGAAACGUAAUAAUUAAAAAGAAAUAUCCAAACAGGCUAAAAUAUUCGAAAAUAAUUUUCAAAUAAAUUGCAAUAAAACAAUGUGAUUGAUUUAUAGUUUUCAAUUAAAAUUAGUAUUUGUAGUAAAUAUUUUUAAUUACUUAUAUAAAGAAUAAUGAAUUUUGAAUUUUUCAACACUUCAGGAAUUGCUUUUUCAAUGAGUUCUGUAAUUUUAUAUUUUCCUUUUUAAACAACUUAAAUAUUCUAAUAUUACAUUUGAAAUUUUUCACAUCAACAGUAAUUUACACUUUUACGUGAGUAAAUUAUUUCAAUAUUUUGAAUUUUAUUUCACAACUUGGAAAGUAAUAUUAAAAAUAUUCUCGUCUUCUUAGUUCUUAUUUCUCGUUUUUAUUUAUUUAUUUUUUUAUUUUGUUUUCCUAUCUCGUAUCAUUGUUUUGUUCUAUUAUUGUGUUUUUUUCGAAAAUAAUCUGAUAAUUUAUUGCACAUUGAAAAUAAUAGUGAUUAACAAAGAAAAACUGGUAUUCGUAUUCCUAUCUUAAUAAUUUACAGGUGCGAUUUAAAUCGUCCAUGAUAAUUAAUUAAAGGCUUGUGUAUAAAAGAAACUGAAAGAGCAAUACAAAGACAUUAGACUAAAAAUUUUUAUUUUAAUAACAAAAAAAUUAUAUAUAUACAAUAAUCUCAGUUUCGUAAACAUUAUUUUUUUUUUUUAAUUGAUUGCCCAAAGGAAAUAUUUCUAUAUAUAAAAAAUAAUAAUAAUAAUUGUACUAGUAAAAUAUAUGAGACAUUAUAAAUUAUUAAAUGUAUAAUGAAUAUUCCAAAUGAAUUGUAAGUGUCGUCCAAAAAGCGAGAUAUAAAUAAUAGUUGUUAAUCUUGUGUCAAUAAAAUAUGACACUUAGUUUCUUAUAAAGAAAUAGUGUUUCAUAAAAAAAAAAAGUAGAAAGAAAGUCUGAAAAAUGUUUUUGCUAAGUUGAAUUUUUUCGGCUAGCUUUUUAGUCUUUUUAUGGACAGAAUAUUUUUUAAAUAACAGCUUCCGAAGCAAAUUUUUUUUUUAAUGAAAAAAAAUUGCUUAAAAUCCUUAAUGAUAAUUUAGUAAUAGAAUAAUGGCCUCUUAGAUUUGAAUUUCAAAAUUAUUCUUAAGAAAUUGUUUUUUAGAAGAAAAAAAAAUGAUAUAAUAUAUAAAUAACUAAAAAAUGAGAUUUUUCUGCCUAAAAUUAAAUAUUGUUCCAUCCUUUAUAAUAUAGAAAAAACAAUGUGAAUGAAAGAAAAAUUGUUUGUAAAAAUAAUAACUUACUCGAGCAGAGCUUUAAAAAAAAAAAAACAAAUUUUAUGUUUCUAACAUCAAUCUAUAUGUGUUUAUAAAACUGAUAUUUGUUAAGCUAUUUGUUAAGCUGCCUUACUCUGCCUUAUCUGCAUAAAUACUGUCGUAUAGUAAAUUAUUGGGGGAAAAAAAAAUAUAUUGUCCUAACAUUCUCUUUGUGAUUUGAAAGUAAAAAUAAUUCUUAUAAAUGAUUAAAGAUGAAGUUUUCACAUACUAAAAUAUUUACACAUAAAUAUAUGAAUUGUUUUAUUAUUUAUUUGUUUUAAAUUUUAUUGAAUAUAACAAUUUUAUCUUGUCUUUAUCACAAUUUUCAAAUGAAGAAAUUAAUAAGCCAAUUAAUAUAACGUAACAUUGAAAAUAAAAUAUUAAAUAUUCCCCCUGAAAAAAAAGUUGCAGGGAGAGAGAAAUAAAAAAAAAAAUAUUGUUCUUUUUUUUAAAUUUGCGAAAAGCUUAUAACCAUGGGUGCCAAUAAUAUUAUUAGCGAUUUUUCAGGGAAAACAAAUUUUAGAAUCGCGUAAUAAGAAUUUAUUGUGCACAAGACUGUAACUAGUGUAUUGGUUAUCUUGGACACAUUCAUUACACUGUGAUAAGUUACUAAUAUUGACAUGUUAGUGUUUAAUAAAAUGGAAUAAAUUUUCAACUUAAAAAAAAAAACGUUCCUGUAAUAAAAAGAACAAAAAGACUUUCGUAAUAAAUUUACGAUUGUAUUUUUCUUUGGAAAAGGCAGUGUAGUGAUUACUUUAUGUAAUAUACCAAUAGAAUUUAUGUAUAUUAAAGUAAACCAACAAUA